CCAAAAGAAACAACCAGUCACCUAUCAAAGCUACCCUAGUGUAUAUACAUUCACCAACCCCAAUGAAACUAUCCUCUACCAACCGCCAACGUCCAAGAUGGCAUCGGGACUCUUCAACUCCUUCCUCGCAGCCAUCCAGGCUUCUCUUUCCGUCCUCCUUGUCAUCUUCUACGGCGCUAUUGCGGCUAAACUCAAGCUGCUAGACUCUCACGAUGGCAAACGGAUAAGCAAGAUAUGCGUGCGGAUGUUUCUGCCCGCCCUUCUUCUUGUAAAGAUAGGCGCAGAACUGCAUCCCGGGUCGGCACAUCGCUAUCUCAUCAUCCUGAUAUGGGCCUUAAUAUGUCACAUUGUGUCUUUCCUGAUCGGCAUUGCUGCGCAUCUCCUCUUCGGAUUCCCGGACUGGAUAACAGCGGCGAUCAUGUUCAACAAUACGACCAGCUACCCGCUCUUGCUGAUUCAGAGUCUGGAUGAGACGGGGAUAUUGCGAAACCUCAUUGUGCAGGAUGAGACAACGGCUGCGGCGAUGGAGCGCGCGAAGAGCUAUUUUCUGGUCUUUUCGACGGUGAGCAGUUGCUUGACGUUUGCAGUGGGUCCACGGCUUAUGGACUCGGAGCUCCCGAUUGAACAAGAUGGCCAGAAGAGCGUUGAAGGAGAGGGUGAGGCAGAAGAGGUUGAAAGUGGCGAUGCGGAGAGCGUGAACGAGGAGGGCGUUGUCAACGAGGAGACGGGACUUCUGGUUCCGUAUCCUGCAGCAUCGAGACGACGGCGAUCGUCAGUCGUGUCGAUAACGUUCUUUCCCUCGAAUCCGAAGUUCAUGGCAGAUAGGAGGCGGGUCUUUUACAUUCCGCGGCCAAAGUGGAGGAAUCUGAGUCCUCGGACGCAGUGGUGGUUACUUUUCCUCUACGACUUCCUGAAUGCGCCACUCCUGGGUGCCGUACUGGGCGCCGUCAUUGGAUUUGCCACCCCGUUGCAUCGCGCGUUCUUCUCGGAUACUUCCGAAGGCGGCAUCUUCACUGCCUGGUUAACAGCGAGCUGGAAGAGCAUCGGAAGUCUAUUUGUGCCUCUGCCGCUUAUAGUCGCCGGCGUUUCGCUGUAUGCUUCCUAUCAGGAGUCCAAAAGAGGUGGAAACACGAUUGCGAGACUUCCUUGGCGUAUAAUGAUUUUCAUUCUUGUGGUGCGCUUCAUUAUCUGGCCGGUCCUCGGUAUUGGAUCCAUCUACGCGAUUGCGAAGAAUGAGGGACGAGGCGGCUUGUUGGGAGACGAUCCCAUGCUGUGGUUUGCGAUGAUGCUCAUGCCUACGGGACCGCCGGCGUUCAAACUCAUUACCAUGGUGCAGGUGUCAGAUGCCGGAGUAGACGAUGAGAGGCGGAUUGCGAAGAUCUUGACGGUUUCGUAUAUAGUGAGUCCGCUGUUGGCGUUUACAGUAGUCGGUGCUUUGAAAGCCAGCCAGGACGUUAUCGGAAGAUGAGGGAUGAAACUAGGGGAAAAUAGAGCAGACAAAUAUAUACAUACAGAACGAGAACGAUAGUGUAGCCAUUAUAACAUAUCCACCACACG